UUUUAGUAUUUUUAUUAAUUUUCGAAUAAACAUUAAUUUUUUUUUAUUUUCGCAUUUGCAGCAUUUAAUGUUGCCGCUUAUCUCAUUGAUUUUGUGUUUGGUUUACAAAGCUUUUUUUAUUUUUUGUAAAAAUGCAUGGUUAUUUUGUUUGAUUUUUGGAGAUGAUUUGCAUUUGGAUAGAAUUGACUAUUGUUUGGUAAGGGAAUUAUUAAUAACGAUUUUUGGAAAAAUAUUAUAA